UUUUUUUUAAGUGUUAGUUUUGAUAUUUUCAAAAGGCUUUUAGGCUGCUUGUGAAGUCAGAGCAAAUACCAAGAAGGUGUUGUGGGGAGAUGGAUGAGGGGAAGGACCAAUCUCAUGGGACGUUCUACCAGACCUCUGAACCUCAUCAAGGCAAGUCCCGAGCUCCAGAAAUCACUGGAACUUGGAACUUGAGAAACAGAGAGCAUCUCAGGAAGAGGAGAGCUGAAGCGCAGGAGAAGCAGUCACAAUGGCUCCUCGGAGAACAGAAAAAACGCAAGUGCCAAAGAACAAGAAAAAGAAAUGAAAGAGGCCAAAAGAGGCAAAGAAACGCAGAGCCAAAGGCGAAGCCUUCGCCACAAAGAGAAAAGGAAAGGGUGCAGGAAGUACCGGUACCUGCCGAAGCCGAAGAAGAAAGAGAGCACCCUGAAGCCCCUGUAAGUGAAGCCCUCCCCUUGGCACUCUCCACAAAAGCUGUGCUUGCGGAACACUGUUCUCCAGUACACCAAGAAAGCUUUCAGUGCCAGGAAGUAUCAACAUGGGACCAUUCUCAAACAUUCCAAUGUGGGGCCAAACCUGAAGGCCACUCUCCUACCACGUGCCAAAACAGAGCAGAGCUUCAGUAUUCUCCUAGAAUGUGCCAAGACAUGGCUGGACCUGAGGCAAUGCUGCCUAAAAUGUGCCAGCAAACAGCUGUGCCCGAAAGCCAUUCUUCCAUAGUACCCCAAGAUAUGGCUGGACCUGAGGUAAUCCUGCCUAAAAUGUGCCAGCAAACAGCUGUGUCCCCAAACCCCAAAGUACCCCAAGACAUGUCUGGACCUCAGGUACUCUCUACUGUAUGCCAGCAAACAGCUGUGCCCGGAAGCCAUUCUUCCAAAGAACCUCAAGAUAUAGGUGGACAUGAGGAGCUUACUCUUAAAAUGUGCCAGGAACCAACUGUGCUUCAAGAACGUUCUUUGAAAAUGUGCCAAGAUGUAGCCCUACCUGAAGUCCUCUUCCCUAAAACACACCAAGGGAUGGCUGUUCCCAACACCCUUCCCUGGACAACACCUGGAGAUGCUGCUGGCCCAGAAGAAUGCUCACCCAAAGCACUCCCCCAGUCAGGUGUGCCUGAAGGCUGUCCUCUUGACACCUGCCCCAAGUCAGUGAGACCAGAAAAAACCGCUUCCCACCCAGAUCAGGGAAUGGCUGCGACUGAAGACUUCUUGUCUGAGACCAAUGAAUGCAAUGUGUCUGAAGACUUUUCUACGAAAACACACCAAGAAGCAGCCGAACCCGAAUUCACUGCUCACGAUACCCAUAAAGAACCCAGUGCGCCUACAGUCUCUCCUAAAACAACACCUGGACCUGAAGAAUGUUCACCGGAAACAUGUGAACCACAUGGGCUCGAGAACUAUUCAGCCGAAACUUACCAGGAAGUAUCUGGGCCUGAAGACCUCUCUAGCAAGACCUGUAACAACAGGGAUGAACGAGUCCAGAAAGCAGAUGGGGACCAAGGGCAGAACCCUGCUGCCCACGAGGGCAGCGAGGAUGUCCGUACUUUCUCUCAGGAAAUGAAGGAAAAGGCCAAAGCAGAUCAAGAUCCAGGAACUCCAGCAAGUCCACAGGGUCCUCAAGAGAUCUGUCCAGAAAAUGACAUCUAUAGCUAUGCUCUAUUUUAACAAGUGCUUGGUGAAGAAGCUGCAGUCCAAUGAGGAAGCUGCAGUCUAACUGAAUACACACACACAUCUUCUCUAGUAUCGUUUUUCUGAAACAUUGAAGCAAUCGCUACAAUUUGCAUUGCUAUUUUAACUUGUGUUUUUUUUUUCCAUUUGUAGAUCAUAUCUGAGAGAAUUAACUUGUUUUUGUUUUUUGAGACACAGUUUCUCUGUGUAGUCUUGGCAGUCCUGGACUGAUUAGUAGACCUGGCUGGCUUCCAACUCACAGGGAUCUGCCUGCCUCUGCCUCCCCGAGAAGAAUUAACAUUUAAAGGCUCUAAUACAUAGACAAAGUGUGUGUGUGUGUGUGUGUGUGUGUGUUUGUGUGUGUGUUUUUGGGUGCCCAUGUGCUGGAGCACUUGUGAACAAAGAUGUGUGUGUAUAUAUAUAUAUAUGGGAAAGAUAGUACAGGGAAGGGACAAACAAGAGCAGGGGAAGGGAUGAGUAGUUGAUUCUCUCCUCUAGGAAGAAACAUAUAUUUGAUAACUCUGAGGAGCAGAUAGCUAUUUAAUAUCAACACUUAAUAUUUUGAAAGUAUAUAAGUAUGUAGUAAUAUAUAACUAUAUUGUGAAUUUUGUCAAUUAUUGAUGUCAUAACAUCAGAAUUUUAUUUAAGCUUUAUAUGGCUCUCUGAGUUAAUCUGAACAAUUUCUUUGUUUGUUUUUCAAGACAGGGUUACUCUGUGUAGCCUUGACUGUCCUGGACUCACUUUGUAGACCAGGCUGGCCUCGAACUCACAGAGAUCUACCUGCCACUGCCUCCCUGAGUGCUGGGAUUACAGAUGUGCGCUACCAUGCCAGCUCUAAACAAUUCUUAUUCUGGGACUUCUUGCAAGUUAUUUUGGAAUUGAUAAAUGCCAUUUACUUCUGUGUGUGAACCUGAACCUUCUAUUUUUUAUUUUUAAACUGUAUUUGUAAAAAAAAAAAAAAAAGUAUAUUAAAUCAUUUCUAUGGGCUUUGCUGUUACCAAGA